AUGAGCCAAGCAAAAAACACCCCUUGUACCUCAGGGAUUGGUGUAGAGAAUAAGCUCAACAUUUUGGCACAAGAAACAGCUGUUCAAAAUGGAAGUAAAAGUCACCCAACAUCCACAAAAAGUCAAGUUCCAAAUAAUCAUGAACAGAUUUUUCUAAAGAUGGAUGCAUUAAACUCAGAAUGCACACAACAUGUAACAGCUAAGCAGUCAAAUUCUGACGAAAACCCAUUUAUAGGAGAGCAGAAAUCAAAUAAUGCAGCCGAACAUCAAUUGAUGAUAACUGAACAAGAAAAUGCGGCACAGCGUGUGAAAAGAAUGCCUGGGCAGUUGAGUAAAGAUCAUUCCACAGGCACACCAACAAUCACAGGCACAAAGAAUGCUGCUAAUCUCACACCUGAGGUUGCAGCAAAAGCAGAAGCAAGCAUGAAAUGUCCUGAUGACAAAAUUGCCGAGCAAGUGACUGGUUUAUUGGCAAAUGGAAUCAACUGCGACUUAAAAGUUGGGGAAGAUACCAAUAAAAGCUCAGAAAACAUCAUACCCAUGCAGCUGGCUGAGAAAAAAGACCUCACUAGUUUUUUGGAGCACAGCACAGCAUGUGGCAAGGAUACGCAGAUGAAACACUCUGCAGAAGAGAUGCAGAAAAGGCUGAUAGCUGGAGAGACAAUGGCUAAUGGUGCAACCGUUGAAAAAGAGCAAGUCCAAGUGAAGGACAGUCGAGAUGGAUUCAGCUCUACAUUUGAAAGAAUUGUGGAAUCUGACCUUAUGAAGGGCACUUCAUACAGUAGCCUGGAUUCUUUGGAUGUGUUGUCACUGACUGAUGAAACAGAUAGCUGUAUCAGUUUUGAAGCCCCACUCACACCUCUAAUUCAACAACGUAUUAAAGAAACUCCAGAACUACUACAGCAGAAAUUGGUACAGGUUGCUGAACAGCGAGAGAUCUUGGAGGCUGGAGUUAGCAAUGACCAGGAACAUCAGUCUAGGAUGAAUGAGGGAAGUAUUGAAAGUCCACUGAGGCACUCACUCACCAGCAGCAGGUCUGAGAAUGUCCUCAGUAGGUCCUCCCUGAAGUCAAUGCCAAAUGGUUUGCACAAUGAGAGAGAUGAACUAGAAGAUGACAUCACCAAGAUAGUUAAUUCCAUCAGUGAUGCCAAUUUUAAGGAAGCCCUAUCUGAUUCUGAUUCUGAAAUGGACAGUACGGAUCAGCUUGAACAUGGAAGCACUGACACUUUAGCUAAUGGCUGCAAAACGGAUCUGGAUCCUGCAAAACGACUCGCCAAAAGACUGUACAAUCUCGAAGGGUUUAGAAGAUGUGAUGUGGCACGGCACCUUGGAAAGAACAAUGAUUUCAGCAAGCUGGUGGCUGAAGAAUAUCUUAGUUUCUUUGACUUCACAGAUUUGACUUUGGAUAAAGCAUUGAGGAGAUUCUUGAAAGCUUUUCCACUGAUGGGUGAAACGCAGGAGCGAGAGAGAGUUCUGAUUCAUUUUUCUAAGAGAUAUUGUCAAUGCAAUCACGAUUGUAUCAACUCUGAAGAUGGAGUCCAUACAUUAACUUGUGCACUAAUGCUUUUGAACACAGACCUUCAUGGGCAUAAUAUUGGAAAGAAGAUGUCAUGCCAGCAAUUUAUUUCCAAUCUGGAUGGCCUUAAUGAUGGAAAGGAUUUUCCCAAAGAUUUGUUAAAGGGAUUGUAUAACUCAAUAAAAAAUGAAAAGCUGGAGUGGGCUGUAGAUGAAGAUGAAUUGAGAAAAUCUCUGUCUGAGCUUGUGGAUGAUAAAUGCGAAAGUUGUCCAAAGAAAGUGACCAGAAUCAUUGAUAGCAGUAAUCCCUUCCUCGAUAUCCCUCAGGCACUGAAUGCAGCAACCUACAAACAUGGCGUUCUCAAUCGUAAAACACAUGCAGAUAUGGAUGGGAAGAGAACUCCUAGAGGAAGAAGAGGAUGGAAGAAAUUUUAUGCAGUGCUCAAAGGGACUAUUCUUUAUUUGCAAAAGGAUGAAUAUAAACUAGAUAGAGAUUUGUCUGAAGUGGAUCUGAAAAAUGCUAUUCGCAUACACCAUGCAUUAGCUACCAAGGCUAUUGAUUACAGCAAACGACCCAAUGUUCUUAAAUUGAAGACAGCAGACUGGAGAGUCUUUCUGUUCCAAGCACGAAGUGAAGAGGAAAUGCAUUCCUGGAUAUUGAGAAUAAACCUGGUAACUGCCAUUUUCUCAGCACCAUCCUUUCCAGCUGCUAUUGGGUCACUAAAAAAAUUCAGCCGGCCUCUUCUUCCUUCUUCUACCACCAAACUCUCCCAGGAGGAGCAGCUGAAGUCUCAUGAGACCAAGUGGAGACAGAUUUCAACUGAAUUAGCAGAACACAGUACUCACCCUCCUGAGAAGAAUGUAAAAUCUAAAGAUGCAGAGGAAUUCAGACUUAAAGAACAUUAUUUGUUAUUUGAGAAAAGCAGAUAUGAAGCAUACAUUAACCUACUGAAGGCAAAACUAAAGGUAGGAACUGAUGAUCUGGAAAAAAUUGAGACAAUUAUUUUCAGCUUUGAAAAUGAUGAAAAUUCCUUGAGGAAGACUCAGUCUAGUCCUUCUCUGAACCAAGGACAUUUUUCUCUAAAUGGCAAAAUGGAAAAGGACAUUUUUGAACAGAAAUACUAUUCCAAGCAAUGA